GUUUAGUGCUUGUUGCGACGACCGCCAGGGCAGUCAUCGGCCAUUUUGUGUGUAAGCAACGCACAGGUUCGGGGGCUGCGACGCUGCUUGAAGCGUUUUCCGGCCGCUCUGCCGUUGUGUGCGUCUCCAGCCAGCGAAAAUCAAUGCGUCCGGCUUCCGGAGCACACGCACCGCAAACGAUUUAAGCCGUGUGGCGACGGCGGAGGCACGGUGCGACGCAAAACACACACAAGGUAAGGAAGCCCAUUCAAGUCACGGUGUUACCCAGCGAGAGCAAACGUCUGUGGUGGUGGCGGCGUCGUUUGCACGGCACGCUGCGAGCGCAAUAAAGGACGUUUCAGUAGUUUUGUGUUCAGUUCAGUUCAGUUGUGAGUUCAAAGUUUCAAACGUACGCGAGUCUAAAUAAAAAAAUGAGUAGGAAAAUGUUCAUAAGCGUUAUUUGAAGAAAAUUGACGCGGCACACACACACGCACUCGGUGUGUGCUGAUGGUUUUAUGGAAGAGAAUGGCUGCUCUUGCAAGCUGUGAUCUGCACCAAGAUGGAUUCGGACAGGGACGCCUCCUCGGCUGAGUCUGACAAUGAAGAGAAGCAGGGACCAAGCAGUCCGGCGAGUUCGGCGGGGUCCAGCUCCCGGAGUAAUUCACCAGGUCCACGGAGUCCUUCGCCAACAGGCAGCUCAAGACCGGACACGCGCAGUGGGCCGUGCUCGCCUGCGCAGUCGCGUGACUCUCGAUCAAGAUCUCGGUCAAGAUCGAGGAGUCGAUCACCGACGAGGUCGAGAUCGCCCUCUGCGUCUGUCUCACCGCAACGUGAACGUGUCCAUCGUGAAGAAGAGCAUGAAAGCACGCAGAAUGGAAAUUCACCGCGGUCGGCGCCACCAUCGCCGCAGACUUUGGACGACGGUUCAAACGCGUCCAUUAAAAGCAUGUCUUCGAGAGGAUCACGUCGAGCUCACAUUACGGCGAACUUAGAAGAUGGCAACAGCUCCGAUUCGAGCUUGAUGAGCGAUGAAGAGGAGGGUUUCAGGAGUAAGCCUGCCACGGCUACCUCGACGAAGACUGAUACUCAACCGGAGGAGAUAUCAGAUGGUGAUAUGGAGUCGGAUAAUGAAAAAUCAGAUAAACCCAAAGAAAACCUCCCGCUUGACGCUGACGAUCUUUCCGAUGUGUCCGAUUUAGACGAAUCCAUCGGUGGUAAUUCAGAUUCUGAGAGUUUAAAACAAUCUGACAAACCUGCAAGCCCGAAAUACUCACCGCAGCAAUCACCUGACACGAAAAAACCCGAAAAACAAAAUCGCCCCGCAGAGGAAGGUGAAGAACAGCUGGAUUUUGAGGAAGAAGACGGUGAGUGCGCUGAUGAUAAAGACGACGACACAAAACACUCGGAGGAAGCAGGUGAAAUCACUGACGAUAAUAAAUCCAAGGAAAAACCGGAUGCCAAAGAAAAGGAGGAAGGCGAAGAGCUGGAAGAGGGUGAAGUCACAGACGAAGACGAUGUGCGUCCUGAAGAAGUCGAACCACGACCAGUCUGUCGAUUUUUCUCACGCGGACAAUGCACGUGGGGCUCGAGUUGUCGUUUUCUUCAUCCUGGCGUAACCGACAAAGGCAACUAUACAAUGUUCGAAAUGAUUCGACCUGUUGUACCUGGUGAAUACGGCCGUGAGGAGCGCCCACCUUACGGACGUCCAGAGCCACCUCAAAUGGAAAGCGCCUGGGAGCGUGGCCUACGCACAGCGAAAGAAAUGCUGCGUAAAAGCAUAAAACGAAAAGAGCAGGACAUUGAUUUCGAGGACAAGAAGAAGAAUUUAAGUCUAACUCAAGACGAGUUGGAUAAGGAGAAUGGGUACUACGUGCGGAUGCCAUCGCCAGAGCCACGAUACGUGCGACAUCCGGUUCCGGUUGAUUACCCACCUCCAAGACCUUCGCCGGAUGAAUAUUUCGCUGGCAGGCGGCAGGUUUUGUAUGAACCAGAGGCAUAUCCACCUAUGCAUCCGAGGGAACGACCCAUGAGGCCGAUGUAUCGUGAACCGCCGAUGCAUAGACCACCUCCACCUGCAGAUUAUCGCUAUGAAGAGGAGCAUAUGAAGAAUCGACGCAGUGGCGGCGCUGGUGGUGGGGGUAAACGAGAGGUGAUUGUUCAGCGGGUUGUGGAGGAACGGCCUACGCGGGGUGAUGAAUGGUCCGAUCCGUGGAUGCGGUCCAAGUCACCUGGGGCACGCAAACGAGCCGGGAAGCGUUCAUACAGCUCAGGUUCUAGUUAUUCAUCCAGUAGCUCAUCCAGAAGUUCAUCUAGGUCUAGUAGGUCGUCGUACCGGUCGCGGUCGAGGUCGCCGCCGACGAAGACGGGGCGAGGACGGCCGCCGGGUGCGAAUUCAGCGGGUGGUGGAACUGGUGGCGCUGGCGGCGGGUCGGGGCGUGGACGACAUGUUGUCUCGCCGUCUGUGAUUGUUUCCGAGCGCAAAGCAGCGAGUGAACGAGCUGCAGCGAUGAAUCCGCCUGCGCCUAAGAAGAGAGCGCCAUCUCCAGGUAUGAUGAGGGUUGGAGCUCAGAAUCCACCAGCGCCCUCUGCGCGGCUGGAAGGUAAAGCACGGAAAGCAAUGGCUGCCGCACUCGCACGUGUCAAAUCCCGCCGGAAGUCUUCACGGAGUUCGUCGGGGAGUAGUACUAGUGGCAGCUCCAGCGAUUCGGAUUCCUCUUCGAGCAGUUCCAGCUCGCGUGAUAACAGUCCUCCACCUGCCAGACGAUCAUCAGAAUUAGCAAUGGCGAUUAAAGCGAAGGCAAUGGAUGCCGCUUUGAAAGCCACCGCCGAGAAGCGCCCGGUGAAGAUGACUUUCAAAGCAAACGCCGCGCGGAAAGAACUCGGCAAGCCUGCGGAUCUGUUAGCGGGUAAAAAGCGGCCGGCGUCACCACCGCUACCGAAUGACAAGGGCAAGAAGGGCAGCAGUAGUGGCGCGACUUCGCGCCGCGAGGAACUGCUCAAGCAGCUGAAGGCGGUCGAGGACGCCAUCGCCAAGAAGCGCUCGAAAGUCUGAAUGUGCGUGCAAAAGUGUAUAUCGUGUUUUUCUACUCACCUCUUUCCUCACAGAUAUCAACCGACGGCGUUUAUAUCAUAAUCGUUUCAAUUUGCUUUUAUUUGUUUCGAGAAUAGUAGCUUGUUUCGAUUUCGAGGUAUUUUGUGUAAAACUGAUGAUGAUGCGUACGCAAAUGUGAAAACAAAGCACAAAACUGCAGGUUUUUAAUAAUUUUAGAUGAUACAGCGAUUAGUUGUUAGAUACAGAGCAAUUAUAACAUUGGUGAAAACAAAAACAAGAAGUAUUUUUAAGUUUGUAUGUAAAAUAUAACGUUUAAGCUAAUUACAAGAA